AUUUUAUUUUGUUACAUCUACUAAUCUAAAUUUCUUGUAUACUUGUCUGUCCAAUGUAUCUCAAACGUUCUGGGUUAUUGCAACACAUUAUUGAUUCAGUAUUAGAUCUUGAAUCGUAUAGUCCUAGAUCUAGGACUAGGAUUAUAAGGAUAUAAAUAUAAAUUAUAAACUUACUUAGAGUUCAGACUAAGACUUAGAAAGUCUAACUACACUACUAGUCUACUACACUACCUACACUCAAACUACACUGUCUUACAGUGUCUACAGUAACAGUGUCUACACUCAAGACUACAGCUACAGACUUAAGGACUACAGUCUACACUGGCUACACUCUAGGUUCCUGUAACCGCUCCCCUCAUUAUGUUUCGACACGACAAAGAUUUAUCUUCAGGGAUGAUGGCGUCUCAGUCUCCAUCACAGAUAGCAGGCUUCACUGCAGGAACAAAUUUUUAUGGUCAAGGAACAUUACCUUUACCUCAACGGGCUAUAGGGGGAAAUCAUUUCAGAAGUGGAACCACUGCUGGUCACAUAACGCCCACCAGUAUGAACCCUGGCUUCUCAAUGGGUCUUCAACAGCAGUCCCAGCAGCAGCAACACUCCCCAAAUAGUUUAGCCGCUAUAGGUCCACGAAGUGUUCUCGGUGCCCAAGCCCAGACCAAUCAAGCCAGUUUGGCCAGCUUACAGAAAAGAGCAUUUAAUGCAGGGCCCAUGCAGAAUUUUGCAUCUAGUUAUGGUUUUGGUGGCAGCAGACCUCUUGAUUCACAUCCUGCGAUAGAUUUGUCAGAUUUUCCAAUAUUAAGUAGUAGAUCAUCAGCGACAACAAAUCCUAUGCCAUCAACAAGAAAUUACGUUCCACCGGUAUCUUCCUCAGUGGGGAUGGUUAGUAAACCUGCGCCAGACUCAGCCCCGGAAUUCAAUAUAACACAGGAAGAGUUUCCUGCCUUGCCGGGAGCACAAAAUCCACCUGUUCAAUCUGGAGACUUAAGAAAUGGCAACGGAGCAGUGGGCAGCGAGUUAGUGUCUAAAGAUGGAAGCAAAGGGGAUGGGAAACCAACAAUGGCACAGAGACGAGGAAUACAAACACAUCCUGAUGGCAUGAUAUCAAACAUCCCAUCUGGUAUGGUCAUGGACCAAUUUGGUAUUGUUGGCCUGUUAUCUUUCAUCAGAGCAGCAGAUCAAGACGCCAACAUGGUUGCGUUAGCGCCGGGGAUAGACUUGACUACAUUGGGCUUAAAUUUAAAUUCCCCAGAAAAUCUCUAUAGUAUGUUCCAGUCUCCAUUUGCAGAGACAGCGUGUCGGCCCCAAGAUAUUGAUUACCAUGUACCAGCGGAGUAUCUGACUAACAUGUUCAUCAGAGAUAAGCUUGCACCAAUCAAAUUAAAUCGAUAUAGUGAAGAUCUACUAUUUUAUUUAUUUUAUAUGAACGGGGGUGAUGUUUUACAGUUGGCAGCUGCAGCAGAACUCUACAACCGCGAUUGGAGGUAUCACAAGGAAGAGAGGGUUUGGCUCACACGCGCCCCGGCAUGUGAAGUUUUCAACAAAACUCAGACUUCUGAAAGAGGGACUUACUUAUUCUUCGAUGCAAACCAGUGGCGGAAGUUUACCAAAGAAUUCCACUUAGAGUAUGAAAAAUUAGAGGAGCGGCCGGUGAUACCCAACUGACUUGCAUUUGUUGUAACCAGAAUGAACCAGAAACGUGACAAAAAGACUGACUUUCAACUUUCGUGUAUAGUUAUGACCAAUGCUGCUUCAUCAAGUACUUGAUCACUGAGUUCUUGUUCUUUAGUCCACGGAUUGAUUCCAAAUGGGAAAGGGGGAGGGGGGAUUUGAGGUAUCGAUGCUGAUAGCAUUUUGACUUAAGUGAUACUUGUUGGGGUCAAGGUGAUUCCUUCAUGAGUCAAUAGAUUUGGAUUAUAUACUGUAUUUUUUUUAAAGAAAUGGGUAAUGCUUUAUUUGCCUGGUCACAAGUGAUGAAAUAGUCAAUGUUUGCAAAUAUCAGGUAGCUAGAAGCUAAAUAUUGUAAAUAAACUGGGCAGCAUGGGAUAGCAUGGGUGCUUAGUUUCACUUAUUAAACAAGGGAAAUGUCCGUACAAUGUUUUAAAGGAUUUGCAAGAAAUUACUUAAAAAUUCACUUUUUGUUGAUAGUUUUACUUAACCAUAAUUUUUUUUUAUUACCAUAUUUUUGUACAGCAAUGGCAAUGUCCUAGUCUAAAAUAGCUAAUUUUUUAACAAUUUUUUUUUAUUUUAGAUUUUUUUUUUUAUUCUUUUGAAGUUGGAACAGCUUCAAGAAAACUCCAGCUUGACAUCUCAUUGUGCAGACCUCACCUCAGUUUUAUUUUAUAUACCAUCAUCAUCUCAGAUUCAAUUUAUAUAUUUUUUUUGUUUGAGACACUAAACUAUUUGAUAACUGAAAAACAAUUAAUUUCCUUCCCAUGAGACCACACUGUGCUCAUUUUCUGUAUGCUAAUCAGUUUUUCACGAGACCAUUUGUUUUAGAAGGCCUCAUGACUAACCUGCUUCAUCACAACCUUUGGGAAGGUUAGACCAUUACCUAAUUGGCACGUCGUAAAGACCUGUGACAUGGCAACGAGCUAUUGGUCUAAACUGCCCACAGGUUGUGAUGUUGCAGGUCAGUGUUCAGGCCUUCUAGAACGAUUGGUCUUGGAUUUUCACUAGGGCUGUACUUUUAAAUGCAUUUUUUUUUGUACUUUAAUUUCUAAUUUCCUUGCUUAAAAAUUGUACAGAUUUGAUCUCUAAACCUGAACAAAACUUGAUAAGUAGUCAUCUGUGGGCUUGAAAAGAACUCAUUGAUAACAAAAGUACUCCCUAGCUCAUUCUGUAAAUGUGUAUAGACGACAUUAAAUGACAACUCGCUCUGGGGUUGUCCGAAUGACCUCUGUUGUUUGGGUGCCAUUUUGUUUCAUUAUGUUGCCGCAAAGAGCACCUGGAUAUAAUUAAUGUGUAUAUGAACUUCUUAAAGAGUACCUAUUGUUUUUAAAUGUAACCUGCUGUGUUGAUGAUGCUGUGAGGGAUGAGAAGAUGGCUGAUAUUAAUACAAAUUCUACGUUGUCUGUAA